UCUACUUGGAUACAGUUGGUCAAUUGCAAUGAUCAUCUUUGCUUUAUGUUUGGUAAAAAGUGUUGAAUUGUGCUUUUAUAAUUACUAAUGUUUGAGAAUCCCAAAUUAUCUAGGAUGCCAUAAAUUUUCUUAGUCCAGGAAUUGGAAUUGAUCAUUCCCGGAUAUAAUUUAAAUGCCAAAGAAUAAGACGUUAUCAAGUGAUUCCAAUAUUUAAUGCUUGAGAAUGAGAUUUUAGACCAAAGUGGUAACCUGUUUAAUUCUGCCAAACAACCAGCAUUAGAUGCUUUGCAAUGUAAUCCAAGAAAUUUUACAUGAAAUUUUUCGAUAAGUGAAAUAUCUUUCAAUGAGAGAUCCACUCCCCAUAUUUCACAACAGUAAAGAAGUAGAAUCAAAAAGUUUUUCUAAGAGCUUACAUGGAUUAUCAAUACCAAUUAAAAAAAUUAUAUUUAUCAUUCCUUUAACUAUUAAGUCACCAGAUCUAAAUAUAACAUUGGUCCCAAUCUUCAUAAGAUAAUAUUGCACAGUGAAAACUUUAAAAAUGCUAAUUUAACACUGUAUAAUGUCCAGAUAAAUUACACAGCCUCCAUUAAAAAAAAUAAUGCUGCAUAUAUAAAAGUUGCUGAGUGGCUUGAUCAAUCCAUUCAAGAGACAAAUUAAAUAUUUCUUACAGACAAUUUGAUUACCGAUAACUACCCUAGUAACAUGGCAUAAACUUAAGGUUUUUUUUAAUUUUUUUUAAUUUUUAUAUUUUUUGCUUUUGAAUAAUUCUUUUCAUGCAUAUAUCUUAUAAACAAGAAUGCUGAUCAGGAAUAUAAAUGGAUUUAGGUAAGCUUAGAUUAAGAGGAAUAAUUGAAAUCAAUUUAGUACUGGGUAAUUUGAAAGUAACCAGUAACACAGAAAGAGCAAAGGAUACUAAUUUAAUGAAAUUAUUUCUUCUUUCAGUGAGAUUAAAUGUAAAUAUUUAAUGUAUCUGGAAAUAAUUAAUUCAUUAUAUAUAUAUAAGCAUCUUUUACAAAGACUGCAUGAAUAUAAGUACCGGUAAUGUUCAAAUUUUACCAAAUUUUAUGUGCACUUGUAUUUACUUAGUACAAACAAAUGAUUCUAACAAAGUCAAAAAAUGUAAUUGUAGAUGAACCUAAUUAUGUAAUACUUGCUUGUUACUAAUUAUAGAAAUUUUUUUUAAAAAUAAACAUAAUAUAUAAACAACUAGCAUUUCAUCGAAGAAACUACAAUAUGGCAUAUAUUAUCAAGGUCCAAAUUAUGAUGACCUACUGAAUAUAAACUGGUAUGAAUCAGUGUUUAACUAUUGUAAUAUUUUACAUCAAUGAUGUAAAUCAAAACUUUAUAUCUUAUAUUUAUUGUAUUACGUCAUUUGUUAUAAACAAAUACCAAACAAACUACAAUACGCCCUACUGAUAAGGCCUGUACAACAGAAAUUCUACAGAAAAUGAGGCAAAGAAAACCAAUAUACACAAAAAAGAAAAAAUUACAAAAACAUCCAAAUUUAAUACAUUGGCAGAAAUUUCAAAAGUUACUUAACAUGCUUAAUGAAGUUUUCGAUUUGGUGCGAAAGAGCAGGAGAGGGUAUAAAGCAACUGCACGGUUUCAUAACUUGUUGAUAAGUCCAUUCCAACAGAAGAGUGGUAGGUUAUAGUAAAAAAAUUCUCCCCCACCCCCUUUCAAAACUCAUAAUGGAAGAAAACUGAUUCAUCGCAUUGAUAUUGCUCAAGAACUAAAUACACUGUACUUUCUUUUUUUAAGUAUUUAUCAUAUUGAAAUGAAUCAAACUUGCCUGAACAUGCAUGAUCCUGGACCUCCAAAAUAUGACUUUCCUAAUUUUGAAUACAUAUACAUGUAUGUAAGUGAUCAGGGUAUUCUUGAUCAGUAAGUAUACUAAUUGGCAAUUCUAAAGCAUGUGGACUUGAUGAUAUACCUCCCACUGAGCGCACGUGUAAAUUCUGUAUCUUGGACGAAAUAGAGGACGAAUUCCACUUUCUCCUGAAAUGUGCUCUAUAUAACAAUCUCAGAAGUGAACUUUAUAAAAGUGUUAAUUUUUCGAAUAAUUCAUAUUUAUCUCAAGACAAUCUAUUCCAAACUCUCAUCUGCAAUUUUCCAAGACAAAUUAACUGCUAAUUUUAUACAUUCUGCAUUUAAAUUAAGACAAAGUAAAUUCUCGUGCAUGUAUUAAAAUUAUUACUUAGUGUCUACAGUGACUUAUAGGUCCAAUGGGCCGGGUGUUUGAUAUAUGUAAUUUUAUAAUACUUAGUUGUAAAAGAUGUAACACAUGUCACUAUAAUAAAUAAAUGAUGAUGAUGACCUCCCAGAAUACUUGGUACAUGCAUGUAUUUAAAGGAGAUCCAAUAUUCCAUAUUUAAACCACUAUGUAAAUUUUUGAACAUGUCAUUUAUUAAGAAAAAAUGCCUUUCCUUAUUUAUGGAACCAAGCACAUAUUUCAGCUCUAUAUAUUUAAGAUUAUGGAAAAGAUAUCGUACUUUUAAAUAUAUGCCUAAUUAUAUUAAGGAUCAUAGUAUGUUGUCUAAAUACCAAUAUCUGGUUUUCAACGAAGGGAUUCUACUGUUCAGUUGGUAGAAAUUUAUGAUAAUUUAAUACAUAUAUGUACAUGUAUUAUGUCAAACCAUGAUAAAGGUUAUUUUAAAGACAUACAUUUUAUAUGUUUCCUUAUAUUUCUUCAUUCGAUCCCCAAUCAAUGGCCCUCAGGGGGCAUAUACAUGAAAAAAAUAAUAAUAUCAUGAUGAUAACAAAUAUAUAAUGAAUGAAAUAAUAGCCUUGAAUGUCCGUGUUCAUACUACCGGCAACAAUUCCGAUAAUUUAUGAAAAAAAAAAUACCAGCUUUUGAACUUAGUCAUUUUUUGGCAAAAUAUUGCAUAUAGGGUACCCUCAUUGUACGGAUAACUCCUCCUACAGUUCUCAAGAUAGGAAGUUGUUCUUUUGCAGAUCAAUUGUACAUAUAUCAGAGGUGUGCACAUUGCAAGAAUUUUGAAUUCUGAUUAUUUAUGAAAAAAUACCAGCUUUUGAACUUAGUAAUUUUUUGGCAAAAUAUUGCAUAUACUAGGGUACUCCAUUUCACUGGAUACGGGUUGACAUGGAUUAUGGAUACAGUUCACAUAAAAGAAAACCCAGUUUGCUGUCACAUUGACAGGUUUUCACUUGUCUUCAAUUGUUCAUGAAAUUGAAGUCUAAAAAUUUAGAUAAUUUGUGUUUAGAGAGAGAGAGAGAGAGAGAGAGAGAGAGAGAAUUUAAAUGUCAUCAUAUAAUGCAUUUUAAAAAUGAUAUUAUGAAGAAUAAAUAGUUUUACAUGAGUUCAAGAAGUGAUUUAAGUUUUCAGAUGCUAUUGAACAGUGUAAAUGAAACGUGCAUGAAUGCAAUAUUAUACAGGCAGUAGUGCAUUUAUUGUAAUGAAUAACAUACUAAAUUCAUUAUAGCCUAAUCUUUUAUAUCUAUUAUAAUUACACCACUUUAUAAAAUGCAAAAUAAAAACCCUACUUUAUCAAUAGGAAGAUUUGAUAGUCGUGACCAUUUUUACCGGUAGAUUGAAUUGAUCUAGCUCCUUUAGAAGAAGAGCUCUAUAUAUAUGGAAAUUAAUAUAAAUAAUACUAAAAUUUAAAAGGUAUAACAAAUGGGUUUUUUCUUUAAUAUAUAAAAGUUUAUAAAAUAAAAUUUUAGGUAGAUAUGGUUAAUUGGCUGACCAUCCAGCCUCCUUUCUUAGACUAGACUAUAGACAUAUUUCCCAGACCCAACACCUUCUUGUUUGAAGUGAAUAUGACUCCUGUUUUGAUGAUGUUCUGAGAUAAUCUUUAAUCUGUUCAUGAAUAAUAAAAUAAAACCAAGAUAUUUUUAGCUACUGCAUGUGUAUGUAUUUAUUUUACUUGUACCAUUAGCAAUAUUAAUUCAGUUCUGUCUAGUAAAUAUUUUUUUCUCUUUCUUACGCAGGUUGAAGUACCAUCAUAGUUUAAGUUUGUUUUGGAACCAACGAAAGAGCACUUGAAUUUGAUUCCUCUCAUCCAGCCAAAGUCUCUGCUAAGAUGGAGAAAAAAACAGCAAAGAAGAGAAAAUUCUGGACACCAAAGUCACCAAAGAAGAAUGAAGUUGAGCCAGUAAGGGAUAUGUUAAGAGGCAUAUCAAUUUCCAGAACACAGUCCUGUGAUGAGACAGCCUUGAUCAUUAUAGCAAAGCAUGGAUUUGAGAAAUUUGUGACAUUGCGCUCUGCUUGCCAUCAUGUGCCUGCAACUUUUCCUAACAGAGUGACUUUUAUCAAGAACAUUGUGUUUGAUCUAAAUAUUCCUGGUUGUGAAGUAGAAGAAUUUGCGGCAUCUUGUUAUGCAACAAAACAAACAGGAGUUGACCAAAUGACCGACAUAUUUCAAAGUCAACUUUUGAAAGCCAGUAGCCAUUUUGGAGAGCCUUACAUGGUGUUCCAGGUCCCUAAUGUAGACUCAUGCUUAUUUUGUGGUGGAAUGGUUUAUGGAGAAAAGCCAGCCAGAGUUACAAUUUUCACCCUCCAAGGACCUUUUCCUGGGUUAAAAUCAUCAUUAAAGUGCAGGCGGUGCCAUGCAAGAUUUAAUGCAGACAUGUAUCACGAAGUCUCUGGGCCUAGCUUUUAUUAUCCAAAUCCUGAAAUGGCAUGUGGAAAUAUUGUGCAAGCAUCAAAUAGAGUUGGUUUCACCAAGGACUUGUAUGAGCUUCUGUGUGAAUCAGGGAAUCAUGCCUUUGUAUCUGCACAGGCUUUUGCUGAAAUAUACAACACUGUCUUUGCACGCCACAUAUCUCUCGUGGAUCAGAAGACUAGGCAAGAUCCUCAUUCUGAGUACCUAAAUGAACCCCAGUGCCAAGUCUUCAUGACCAGAAAAAACACCAUGGAGGCUUUUUUCAAUGGAGAGUUGGAGAAUGAGCUACGGGACCGAAAACUUGUGGACACAGUCUCCUUCAGUGAAGACGCAUCCAGGGAAAAGGUCAUGAAGCACAUUGACACUUUGAGAAGGACAGAGCUCUAUCCUCACCCACAAGACGAAUGCUCAGAAAAAUGCAAACAAAGAGGCUGUGACAACUUGAGGAUAGUAGAUGGCUGUUGGAAGCUUUGUUUUCCUCAUUGCAUGAUGGCAGUCCCUAUGGAAAUUGAUGGUUACCCCCUACUCCAUUUUCCAAAUGUAUGCACCAAUGAGCCUUCACCAAAUGCAGUUUUUUGUGAGGAGCAUUUACUCAUAUUGCAACGCCACAACAUACCAACUGACAAGAAAGCAUUUCUAGAAUACAUUGGUUGUAAAGCAAAUCCAGGCAGUCAUGAGGAUAUCCAAAGAGUUGAUGAAAAAGUUCUUGCUUUUAUGCAUAAACUUAUGUGCAAGGAUGAGCGCAUGAAAACUACAGGAAGUAAUGCGGUUACUUUUCAAGGUACCGACAAGCUGGUGAGAAAAUUCCAUCAACAUGUACUGAAUAGUAAUCAGGAAUUGCCUAGCUGCAAUAAAGACACUGGGGAGAAAUCCAGACUAAGACAACGUUCUCGAGGUCACUUUGUUACUGUUACAGGAGGUGGACACAUUCUACAGUUUAAUCCUCUAUUUAAGUCAGAGAGUCCCAGCCAGGCCUUCAUGUUGAUUGUACAGAUGAUGUACUCUGAACUGAAGGAACUGACAGAGGACGAACAAAGGAGAAGACUUCAAGAUUACACACUGUGUUAUGAUAAUAUUUGCAACGUUGAUGCAUUAGGAGCAGCCAAAGAAGAUCUUCCUCUUCCUGGGCCACUUUCAGACAUGUGGAAAACAGUAAAGAAGGUCAUCGACAGACUUCACAUCCGUAACCACAAGGACCAAAAGUGUCAUGAACUCUAUCAUCCAGAUGACAACCUCCCAUCAUCUUAUAACACAAUGGCUGGAGAACAAACUUUUGCUUGGAUGUCAAGAUUCAAGAAGAUUGUCAACUCUAUGACCCAAACGCAUCACCUCUUCUUCCUGCAUAGGAUGUGUGUUCGGAGAAACAAAUAUACCUCUUCUUGCUUCAAAGAGGGAAGAGAGCCUGUCCUACCCGGUGUAAAUAGAGGAAUCACCAGCCAUGGCUUGUAACCAAGACUCAUGUGUGUGUUUUAGACAGUUCUUUCAAAACUGCUGAAAAGCCAUCUUCUAUUGCUACUAGCAACAAUCAAAGUGUGCUCCAGUUUGUGACCAUUUUAGUUGGUGUAUAAAUGCUUUACCUUAUUAAAUGAUUUAGAACUUCAGACUUAAAUCAAAUUUCUAUAUUGUUGUCCUGUAAAAAAUUCUUUCUUACAUAAAAAAUGCAGUGUAACAUAUUUCAUUAUUUUAACAUAAAUACCAUGCAGCCAUAUCAAUGAUGCAAAUCAACUUUCUUUAAUGCUUAAUUUCUGAGUUUAUAAUGCUGGAAUUAUAGUUUACUGUAAUUAAUAAAUUGGAUCUUUAUACAGUUUUAUUUGUUGGUAUUCGUUUUCUUCGGUAUAUAAUAUUUAAUGGGACCAAGACAGGUAUUGAGCUCAUUCUUUUAGCAACUAUGGGGCAUUUAACGUUUAAAGCCCUUAAAAUUAAGGUGAAAAAGAUUUAUGUAAGUAGGAUAUGUUUAUGUAUCCUAGGUCAGGGGAUGGGGGUGUUGUAAGGCAUAUUGUACACUAUCAUCUCCUUGCUGUAAUGUUCAUAUUGUAUUAUGAACUGUAGUUUACAAUUUAGAGUACAUACAGGGGAGAAUGUCAUCAAGAUAUUCAUUAUAUUAUGGGGUUUAAAAGUAAAGACUUUGAUCACUCUGUUUUCAUUUUUGUAAAUUUCCCUAAUAAUUCUCUUAAAAAUCAGA